GUGUUAGGAAGUGAAAGCGUCAAUGUCAAACAAGCUUGAACCGGCUGUUGGAGCGGCUGUAUCCCUCACCAGUAAACAACAGCAGACGGGAAGUAACAUCUGUCUAAAAUCGUAUGCAGUUCUAAGCUGUUACACAGAAUAGAAGGCAAAGCGAUUGGGAUUUCUCAGGAACCAUGAACUCACUCUCUGGAAAGAGUGUGCUGUCUCUGUGCAGACAGACCACCAACUCUAUCCGCGUGUUGGCCAACAGCACUCCUUCGGCUCUUCCUUUGGGUCAUGGACUCACCAGGUCAUUGCUAGGUGCACAAAGAGUGUGUCACUCAGCUGCGAGCUCCAACCCCAGCAGCAUCAGGACCAAAAAGCGGGGUUAUGACAUCACAAGGAACCCCCACCUCAAUAAGGGCAUGGCGUUUACUCUGGAGGAGAGGCUCCAGCUGGGCAUCCAUGGCCUUCUGCCUCCAUGCUUUAUCUCCCAAGACGUCCAGGUGCUCCGUGUCAUGAAGAGCUAUGAGACACGUACCAACCCCCUUGACAAAUAUAUUUUGCUGAUGACCCUGCAGGACAGGAAUGAAAAGCUCUUUUAUCGUCUGUUGACCUCAGACAUUGAGAAGUUUAUGCCUAUAGUUUAUACUCCCACUGUGGGACUGGCCUGCCAGCAGUAUGGCCUGGCAUUCAGGAGACCACGAGGACUUUUUAUUACCAUUCAUGACAAGGGCCACAUAGCCACCAUGUUGAACUCAUGGCCAGAAGAGAACAUCAAGGCCAUUGUGGUAACUGACGGUGAGAGGAUCCUCGGGCUUGGAGACCUCGGUAGCUAUGGAAUGGGUAUUCCAGUGGGCAAACUGGCUCUUUAUACAGCCUGUGGAGGAGUGCACCCUCAUCAGUGCCUGCCUGUGCUGUUGGAUGUGGGUACUGACAACGAGACUCUUUUGAAUGAUCCCUUGUACAUUGGACUGAAGCACAAACGGGUGAGAGGAAAAGAAUAUGAUGACCUUAUUGAUGAGUUCAUGCAGGCUGUCACAGACAAAUAUGGGAUGAACUGUCUGAUUCAGUUUGAGGAUUUUGCCAACAGCAAUGCCUUCCGCAUUCUUAACAAGUACCGCAACCGUUAUUGCACCUUCAAUGAUGACAUCCAAGGAACAGCAUCAGUGGCUGUUGCCGGAAUUCUUGCUGCUCUGAAAAUCACCAAAAACAAACUGUCCGAUCACACUUUUGUGUUUCAAGGAGCAGGAGAGGCUGCUAUGGGUAUUGCUCAUCUGAUCACCAUGGCCAUGGCUAAGGAGGGAGUGUCCCAUGCUGAUGCUAUAAAGAAGAUCUGGAUGGUGGACUCUAAAGGACUAAUCGUUAAGGGCAGAAGUCACCUGAACCAUGAGAAGGAAGAGUUUGCUCAUGAGCAUCCUCAUAUAAAGACCCUGGAGGAGGUGGUGAAGACCAUUAAGCCUACAGCUAUUAUUGGUGUUGCCGCCAUUGGUGGAGCUUUCACAGAGAAUAUUAUAAAGGACAUGGCAUCCUUCAAUGAGAGGCCCAUCAUAUUUGCUCUCAGCAAUCCCACCAGUAAAGCAGAGUGCACCGCAGAGCAGUGUUACACACUCACAGAGGGUCGUGGAAUCUUUGCCAGCGGUAGCCCUUUCACGAAGGUGACUCUUUCAGAUGGACGCAUUUUCUACCCAGGACAAGGUAACAACGCUUAUGUGUUCCCUGGUGUUGCACUGGGUGUCAUUGCUUGUGGGGUGCGUCAUAUAUCGGAUGACAUUUUCCUCACCACAGCAGAGGCAAUAGCUGACAUGGUUACAGAGGAACAUCUGGCUGAAGGCAGAUUAUACCCCCCUCUCAGCACCAUCAGAGAAGUGUCCUUCAAGAUAGCCUUGAAGAUUGUGGAUUAUGCUUAUAAACAUGAUAUUGCUUCAUGGUAUCCUGAGCCCAAGGAUAAAGAAGCCUUCGUAUUGUCACAUGUCUACAGCUCUGACUAUGACUCCUUUACACUGGACUCCUACACUUGGCCAGAGGAGGCCAUGGCGGUUCAGGAUGUGUAGUUUCUCUGGCUGCUAGCUUCUCUCUCUCAUACUUCUCAGAGGGAGCCACAUUUCAGUGCCAUGCCUCAGCUCAUCAUCUACCUUGCUUUUAUAUUCAUAAUAUAUUUUUUCCUUCCCUAUAUCUAGAAUUUUAGCUAGUUUGAAAUUAAGACCUCCUACGCUUGAAACAUUGCCUCUGUUUGCAGGUGCCACAUGGUCUGACUGCGUAAUUCAUUAAAUGCUGAAGCUGAAAGCUUGGACAAAACCAGUGGCAGCAAAGUCUCCAAUACAAGAGCACAUUUAAAAUCUAUUUAAAAUAAUUUUUAAGUAUUAAUUUUAUGCCACUCCAUGAUUAGCGCCACACUGUUUUGACUGUGCACUCCUGUCUAGUUGUAUAUAAGAUUCCUCUUUUUCAAAACACUCCUUCGUUUGGUGCAUGAUUUUCCUCCAGCAUUAUCUCCUGUUAAGUUGCUAGUAUCUCCUAGCAUCUGGGGUGUCAUAUCUGUCUACAGUGACUGCCAGUAGGAACAAACUAAAUGCAAGUAAUAAGUUGAAGAUUUCCAUCAAGAGACAUUUAUUUGUUUUCAACCUUGCAUCAUACAUUGGCUCUGUUCCACUUUUUUGCUGUUAUUGUAAAAUCCACUGUCUGUAUUGUCAUGUGGAUUAUGUCAAUGACUAUAUUUAAUUACAGUAGCAGUGAGUUAUGUGUUGAACUCAAAAUAUUACUAUUUAUAUUAUGAUGUACCCCAUAAGUCCUGAGUGGAUUGCUAAGAAAUUUGCAGUACUGUGCUGAGUGCAAUUUGAAGGAUUGUUGCUAUCUAUUAUCAGUUUAUGAACAUUCUAUACUAAUAAGUAGUACACUACAAAGGAAUUCUAUUUUCAGAUAUUCAAGGAAGGGCAAACAACUGUUUUGAAUAAAUAAUAAAAUCACA